AUGAACAGGAGUCCCCCUCCAUCGUUAUGCUUUUCGGAGCCCGCUACAGCGCGUACAGCAAGUCCUGCCAUGCUCAUCACCUCGCGAUUGUUGCGCCUCUCAUUGUUCAGCUCACCUUUCUGCCCGUUCCUUUCGCCCGCUCGCGUGGACUGAGUCAGAGACACUUCUCUGCCUAUCGCUGUCGUCCACUCUCUUCCGUUUGGUAGUCGUUACGGAAGCGUGACGGAACGAGGGCGCGCACCUUCUGGACGGCACCGUUUCCCGUUAUCCUCGACACGCUCGCCCGUUUUCGUUGGGCGAUUCUGUGCAGUGUCUGCGACUUUUCCCACGUCAAUUGCCACGUCAAUUGUCACGUCAAUUGUCACGUCACAAUGGUUCCAGGGCGAGGAAAGAAACACUUACACAGCGGACGGCCCAAGAAACAAAUUAAAUUCUCGGCUAGCGGGACGGCGAAGGGCGGCGACCGGGCACGUGGCUUUGAGGGAUUAGUGGACGACUUGCCCGAGUCUCUAGGGCUUUCAGCGAACGGGGGUACCACCCGAGGCAGGGAGGAUGGAAGGGGAGGAGAAGUACGGCCCCGUGGAGGAUCGGUAGGCAGAGGAAUAGGCACGAAGAAUAGAGGGCGACGGGAGGGCGGAGGGAGGGGGAGAGGGAGGGAGGGUGGAGAAAGUGGGAGGGAGAGGAAGUUUCAGGGAAAGAUCGCGCGACACACAGGUGCAGACCGAGGGGAGGUGCCUGGGGAUGGGAGGAGAGGGGGCAUGGAGAGAAGUGGAAGGGGUUUAGGCAGCGGAGGGGGGUUUGGGAAUGGAAGGGUUUUAGGGCAAGGGAGGGGUUUAGGGAGGGUUCAGGGGAGAGGGAUGGAGGAGAGAGGUUUUGGGAGAUUGCAAAAGAGUGAAGAGGAAGAGGAGGAGGAAGAGGAGGAAGAGGAGGAAGAGGAGGAAGAGGAGGAAGAGGAGGAAGAGGAGGAAGAAGAAGAGGAGGAGGAGACACAGGGCCCGGUUGAGGAGGAGCAGGAUGAUGGUAGUGAGGGCGAGGGUGGUGGUACGGAGGAGGAUGAUUCAGAAGAAGAGGAAAAUGCAGAGGAGGAUGAGCUGUCUCGCCUGCAGCAGCAGCUAGCAGAUGUGCCCUUUGAGGAGAUCCAGCAAAUGCGAAGCCGAGGGUGGGCUGCACCGCCCAGAGGGAUUGGGGGUCUAGGGGGGAGAGGCGCUACCAGUGGUGGUGCUGGUGCUGCGGGUGGUAGUGAUGACAGUGACAGCGAACCUGGGGGUAAAGGGAGGGGGGCGAGGGGAGAAGGAGGGGGAGAAGUGGCGGGGGGUACUGCGGGUGCGAUGGCGGGGCUGAAGCGCAUGAAGGUGCUCUCAGAGGCAGUGCGGCGGCGGGCCAACAAGAACCGCCCCAUGGAGCUGCCGGCCAAGAAGCCUGUGCCUCGGUUGAGACAAGUGGUUGAUGCGCCAAAGAAGGUCAUCCGGGACCCGCGCUUUGAGUCGCUCUGUGGGGAGUACGACGAGGGCAGGUUCAAGUCAUCUUAUAAGUUCCUCUUUGCAGAAACCCUUCCAAAGGAGAAGGAGGAGCUGCAGAGGCAGUUGAAAAGGACCAAGGACGAGGAGGAGCGGAAGAAGAUCAACCGGCGACUCGCUCAGAUUGAGCAAUCGCUGAAGGGUGAGAGCCAGCGGCAGAAGAAGGCAGCGAGGGAGAUGGAGCUGAAGCGGCGGGAGAGAGAAGCAGUGAAGGCGGGGAAGAAACCGUUCUACCAGACCAAAUCGUCUCGCCGGCGGGAAGAGCUAUAUGAGAAGUAUCAAGAGCUCAAGGCGGGCGGCAAGCUGGAGUCGUUCAUGGCGAAGAAGAGGAAGAGGAAUGCAGCCAGGGAGCACACCAAAGUGCCGUUUCGCCGGGAGCACUAGCCGCUUGAGUGUAAACAUGUUUAUCAAAGUUAACGAAUGACUAGAACAAUGACAUACAAGGGAAUAUAACCUAGUGGGUUGUACUCCCUAAGGAACAACCCUAUAUAGUCUAUAACAACAUACAAAGGUAUGUUACACACACCCCCUAGACUAGAUAGGGGUAGUGCUUGGUGAGAGACAAGCAGCUCAGGGUGGCACUACUAGUCCAGCCUCUGAGGCAAGGGUCUAAACUAAAGACCAGUCAAACGAGUACAGACAAGGCAAGAGCAAGACCAGGGCGGCAUAUUAGUCCAACCACUGGGUAGAGGCCACAAGGACAGUCAGGGUAAUAUAUAUAAAGGUCUGUACACAAUCAAGGUCCUAGCAAGUGAGAGGCUACACGAACGAGACCUAGCCGUACACAGUGCCUGUUGGGCUGAGAAAAGCCCUUAGGAUCUUUCCAGAGACUAAGUCCCAGUUGUAGAAUGAGACUUGAGUAGUGCAGCGGAAGUUGAGGCAGUUGAACCCUUGUACUAGUAUGUGAGAACAAGUGAUUAAUUAAAGAAACAAGCAUACAGCAAUAUAUAGAAGAUAGGAAGGCAGUUGUAGAAUACAGUUACAGGAACGGUUUAUCGAGUCGCACAGCGACUCGAUUGCCAAUUCGGUUACCAUCCGUGAUGUUGUAACGUGUUACACUUCAGAAACGCUCAAGUCCUUUGAGACAUUUCCAACACUCCCCUUCGUUUCUGGAGUGCUGGAGAGUGUUCAGAUCCGGUGACGUUUGUUUGCCCGGUCAGGAGCAUGCAGUAGUCGAAUUUUGCUUUCGCCAAUUUCUUCGUCCGAUAAUCUGCGGCCAUUUCUGUCGUUGGGCAGUAACUGAGUUGAAGUCUCCCCU